AAGAACAAGUGUCUAAUAUGACAUCAUCCACAGAGCAAGCGAGUCCCACAUAUACUAAACAGCAAGAAAGAUUCAAUGAUAAAUUUACCAAAAAAGAUGAGUUAACCAAUAGAUUGAUUAUCCAAAUUGACCAAAAAAAUAAACAAGCACCAAAGUUCUCCAUCAUAGAUAAUAUAUCUGAGAUAUAUGAGUUACCUGGAAUUCAUGAAUGUAUUAACGAACAACAGCCUUUAAGAGCUAUGAUUGAUAUUGACGCAUCUAAAGAAAAAAUAGAAGCUGAAAACAUUAAUACUAAAAAUGAAGAAAUUAUUAAAGGAUUGGUAAUUAUGACAUCAUCUAAUGAUAGUAAAUGCAGUUAUCACCUUCUAUACACUCCAACUCUUCUUGUUGAUUAUCAGAAGCUCAAAGAAUUUACAGAAUUAGUAUACAGAUUAACAGAAGAAAAAUAUGAUAAUGGGUGGUGCAAUCUCAAUGACAGCCAAGUUCAACCACCAAUUAAUAUGAAUUUAGAAGUACGUCCUUGCAUACUUAGUGUAAAGAAAAUAAAUCAGAAAAAAAUAAUCGUUGGUCAAGAUUCACUAAAAAAAUAUGCUAAUCUAGUUCUGCAAAAAUAUUCUGAUUAUCUUGGAAGGUGGGAUAUUGAAGAAAAAGAUUCUCAGUAUUUUAUAUAUUUUAAUUGGAAAGCAUAUCUAGAAUGUUCAAUUUGUAAACACACACAUGACAAGGAUCAGUGGUGGUUCAGUCGCACAUGUUAUGAUGGUUUGUUCAUUGUGAAAUGCUUUCAGCAAAAUAGAGAUGAAAGAGGAGAAAUUUUUAACGACCCAUCUAUUGCGGAAAAAAUCCAACAAAAAAAUAAUAAUACCCCCAACCAUCCUAAAAUAAAAGGCCCAAAGUUCCCAAAACCCUUUUUAGAAAUGCUGAGUUGGGUUAAAUGUGAAUCUUCUCUUACUGCGAGAGAAGUGUAUAAGAAGCAAUAUAUAGAACCUUUAUCUAAAGAAGGUGAU